AUGUUAGAUUUUUCAGAUGACUCCUAUUCUUUUUAAAUUUAACCUGUUAAUUAAAGAAAGAAGAAUAUUAAACUAUUAGUUAAAUUGAUGAAACAUCAAAAAAUUGCUAAAUUGAAUCAAACUAUUACACUUGAUAGAAGUUUAGACUAAUUAUAUGAAAAUUAUAAAAAUAUUAAUACAUAGGCUGAAGAAAUAGUAGAAGUUCAAUAAAUUCUAAGUGCUGUUUAUAAUAAAGGACAUAUAAGUAGAUAAAUAACUAGAGAAAAGAAAUUAAAAUUUAGUUAAAAAGUAAAUUAAGAGAAAUUGAGAUAAGAUGAUAGUAUAGAAGAAAGUGAAGAUGAUGAAGUAGAAGUAAAUAAAAAAAUAAAAAAUGAAAUUAAACAGAAAUUAUUAUACUUAAUAAUAAAUAAAGUUCCAUUACCUUUUAUAUUAAAUUUUAUAGAAUUCUAAAAAAAAAGAGAAUAAUUAGUAAAAUUAAAAAUAAGAUGUGAAGAUUCUUUAUUAGAUUCAUUAAAUUUUACAUUAAUUAAAGAUCAUAGAAAUGAAGAAGAAUUAAUUUAAAAUUUAAAAUGCAUUUAAAUUAUUAAAAUGAAAGAACUUUUAAUGAUGAGUUUAGAAUAAUUAGAAAAAAGUAAAGAAAGUAUUUUAACUGAAUUAAAUGAAAUGUUUCUUGAUUUAAAAUCAUGUAAAACAUAAUUAAUGAAAAAACUUGAAUUUUUCUAAUAAUAUGAUGAUAGUUUAGAUCCAUAAAUUAAUAAAUUAUUAGGAAUAAUUAGAAAUCUUAUUAAUUAUUGUAAAUCUAAAUCAUCAUUAAAUGGUUAAUUUGAUAAAUCAGUAUUAAUGCCUAGAAAAAAUGGUUUAAGAUGGUUACAAAAGAUUAUUAUGUUAAAUUGUUGGGUAUCUUAAAUAUCAUUUCCAGAAAUAUUAAUAUAUAUUUAAAUGAAAGGAGAUUUAGAUAAAAAUAAAUCUAAUCCAAAAAGAUAAUGUGUUAUACAAUUAUCAAAAAAACUUGAUUUCCUUAGAAAAAUAUAUAAUAUUCCAGAAGUAAGAAAGAAGUGUUGGGAUCAAAAAGUUGUAUUAAUGGAUUAAAGUAAACGAACUCCUAGUUAUAUUCUCUAAGAAUACAAUUUGCAUUUACAUCAAUUACAUAAAAAUCUAUUUUAUGAUAAAUUGUAUUUGGAUAAUAUGCAAGAUUAUGUUUUAGAAUCAUAAUUAAGAAUGUUAGUUUAAAGAUUUUAAUAAUAAAAAUAUCAAAUUUUUGAAGCAUAUUAAGAUUUAAGAUGUUAAAUCAAUAUGAUACCAAUCAAUAUAUUAUAUAAGGAUUAUUUAGAAUGGUAUAAAUAUGAUAUUGAAUAAUUAUCAAGAUUAGAUUAUAUAAAACAUGCUAAAGAUGUGAUUGUUGUUUGUCUAAUUAAACAUUUAGGUAUGCUUUUAAGAAAGGAGAACAUAUUUAAAUCUGAAUCAGAAAUAAUCAGAUUCAAUUUUGAUAAUAGAUUCUCUUAUUCAAUAUAUUAUAAAGAGAAAGACAAAGGAGAUAUGUAUUAAUGUAACAAAUAUUUCUAUAUUAAAAUAUUGUUAUGUGAUUUUAUAGCAAUGGAUUAACCAUUUCCAUAUUUAUUUAAAUACUUAACUUUAAGACUUGAAAAGGUUGAAUCAAAUAAUUCAGAAGAGAUUUUAGCUUAAUUAAUAAGUGAGAAAAAUAUAAGAAAUUAUUUAAUGACUAAAUAUAAUUUAAAAAUUGGACUUGAAUAAACAGGAAAUCGAAUAAUUAUUACAAGUAUUCCACUUUCAUUUGAUGAUAUCACAAGAGAAUUAUAUUAUAUACCAUGGGAAUAUGUUGUAACUUCUUCUUUAUCCAUUAUAUAUAGAUAUAGAAAUUAUUUAAAAAAUGAAAUCAUUUAAAUGAUUACAAGCAGAGAAUAUUAAGAUUAUAAAUCAAAUUUAAAAGUAGAUACAAGACUAUAUAUAUAAUAAUCAGAAAUUAUAACAAAACUAGAAAAUAUAUAAAAAGAUUUGUAAAAAUGA